AUGACUUCACCACCCACAUCUAGCUACGUGAUGACCAAGCCAGAUGAGAACGAUGAGAAAGACCGUCUCGACCUCCAGCACGAAAUCUGGCUUCUCGCUCUCCAAAACCGACUUCACACGACCGCAUUCACUCACCCACCAAAGACAAUCCUAGACAUAGGCUGCGGCACCGCAACAUGGGCCCUAUCAAUGGCAGAAGUGCAUCCUGAAGCCACCAUCACCGCAACCGAUUUGCACCGGCCUCCAAAGCUCACUGCCACGACCCUCUCAUCGUCCCCCAACCUCCGAUUCUCCCAAUUCGACGCGGACGACCUCAUCUGGCCCUUUCCAGAGCAUACCACGUUCGACUUUAUUCACGGCCGCAUGAUCACCUCCGGAAUCCACAACUGGCCUCGCUUCCUUACUCACUGCUCCUCUCUACUUACCCCAGGCACUGGCCGUCUUGAGCUUCUAGACGUCUCUCAUCCUUUCCGCGCGGAGAACGCAGCAGCGGAUGGAGAGGCGCUGUCCCCGUUUAUCCGGUUUGGAUAUGCCAUGGAAAGGGUUUGGGCUGCCAACGGCAUCGACUAUCGGGCUACAGAAAAACAUGCACUUCGGUUGAAGGAACUGGGGUUUCAGGAUAUUGUCAUGGAGGAGGUGAGGUGGCCGCUUGGUCCGUGGGUCCAUACCUCGGAGCGGGAGAUGGAGUUGGGACGGCUGAAUCUGGAGAAUUUUGGGCGGUUUAUUCGGACUGCCGGGGUGAAUCUCCUAAUGAGUGGGGAUGAUAAUGGGGAAGAAAGAGAGAAGAGGAUGGCUGAGGCUCAGAGGUUGGUAGAUGACGCUGUUAGGGAUUUGGAGGAUGAUUGGGACACGAAUAGGUAUUAUUUGUCGAUGAAAAUCCACCGCGCACGGAAGUGAACUCAGUGAUGAGAGCAACGGCUGGAUGGCAAUUUGGAAAGCUAGGAGGUUGAAAGAUGUCCCAUGUGC